CUAGGAGACUAUAUAACAAUAUACCUCAACGAUAUCUUAGUAUACUCUAGUCUUAACCUAGACCUUAAGAAAUAUAUAUUUGUAGUAAAAGAAGUUAAGUACCUAGGGUAUAUUAUAGAGGUAGGAGUCUAUAUCCGUCCUAACCCUAAAAAGAUCAAGGCUAUCUAUAAAUAG